ACAUACGAAGAGAAGAAAGAGACCACAAGACUUUUUUUCCCAAUAUUUCGCCCCCAACUUGGGGAAUCCUUUUAAACCUGGUCAUAUUAUAUUAAAAAAAUCCCAUCACCACAAAAAUCUAAUAAUAAGCCGGACAAAAUUACUCACCGUCCCACUUUGAUUCUUGCCGACAACCCAGUUCACACCGUUUUUACCAAUUUUCCCUCUUUCUCUUACUGACUCACAUCCUCACUCACUUUCACCGAGACACACAUAUUCUCUCAUUUGAUCCUACUACAUACACUAAGAGACUAUUACCUGAAUCGUGGGUGACUGUUGCCGACAAGCGGAGGGGCACUACACUGCGUCAUUUCUUACUGCCAACGAGCCAGUCAGCAGCCAUGACUGAGCCUCGAUACCGAUACUCGGGUACGACCACUGGUCGUAGGUCGCCUACCUCGAACCCCGCGCGACUCUCUAUGCCCGUCAACCUUGGCUACAAUCCUCACUAUAAUGGCGACGUCCAUACCGUCCAGACGGCUCGUUACGAUGCCAUCCCACGUCGACCGGCUACUGACCACAAAACGACGACAUCGUCGAACCCGCAUACUACAAUUACCACUUACAACGUUACCACAGACCCCGCGCGCGGAGUCACCAAGGAGUCUGCGCCUCGCACCUCCAAUACUGCACGCCGUCGCUCGUCCACAGUCGACUCAGGCGCUGUAAAACCGAUCAUAGUCACGACCAACCACGCCAGCCGUCCUCACGGGUCAACUUCGCAUACCUCGUCGUCUGCCGCCCGCGCACCGAGCCCGUCACGCGACCCCUACCGCUCGAGCGAUGAGACAUACUACACACAACCCGCUAAUUCCAUGCGAGGGCGCAGCCAACACCGCUAUGGCCACGGCUACAGCCAAAGUCAAAGCGCGACGCUAAGCAACGACGAACUCUACCGCCUAAGGGAGCGAGUCGGCGACGAUCGACUUCGCGCUCCGACACACACCGCUACGGAUUUCUACCGCUAUGCCGUACCCCACGCUGGUUAUACCGCUGCACCCGCGCACGAUUUAAGCAAUACUGCGGUGAUUGACUACAAGAACGAUGGCUACGAAAACGAAGGGUAUGAAUAUACUAAGCCCGGCGAACUCGCGAGAUACGACCUCGACCACGACCGUCGAGCCCGCGCAGCUGGGACCGGUGGCCGUCGCGAAAGUCUUGAUCGCGCAUAUAAACGACCGACCGUAAACGUCGAAGCGGGACGUUACGACGCACGCAGUCGUGGCCCACCACCUACAUCCGCUGGAAUUGAUCGGUACAACAGAGCUGCUGCCCAGGGUACAUACGAUCGUCCCUCGGUCGUCCUCCCUGCUCUUCCACCGGCACCAGCCCCGCCUCCUGUUGGUGGUGGUGGUGGUGGUCUCCGUCAGAUUGAGGCCCCGCGUGACCCGUCACCUGAGCGCAGAGCUGUACCUGCUGCGAGACCCCGCCCUGUCUCACUGUACCAGGAUGCGCCCGCUCGUAUGUCGCAUCCUGAGGAAAUAUUCCGUUCGCACGAUGAUGAGCGUCUGCAUCGCCGUCGUGAGCGUGAUGGACCUACUGCGCCUUCUUACCGUGAUGAAGAUGUGCCGUCUCGUGGUUUCGGUAUUCGUACGGAGGCGUUGGAGGCACCACCGGUUGACCGUCCGGCGAGAUCUGUAGAUCGUCGGGACCUUGAUGAACAGCGUAGACAGCGCCGCGAUAUUGCGGUGGAGCGUGAGCCGCGUCGUCGCUCAGAUGAGUCGAUUGACUAUGCAGGCAGCAGCCAUGAUAUCCGCAAGCCUGCCGCUAUCCCUAAUGAUGUCGUCAGUAGCCGCCGUGACGAUAGCGACAGUCUUACCCGAAAGAGCAGUGUCGGCGGCCGAACCCGUGAUAAGAUCGUCGCAGGUGUUGGUGCUGCCGCUGCUGCUUUCGGCCUUGCUCCUCCUAAGGACACGCCUAAGGACGAUGACCGCAAGGUAUCCCCUCGUCGACGGGAUACCGAUGAUGAGAAGGACGUAGGCAGCUCCCGCGCUGCUGAUAAAUAUAGGCCCAGAGAGCGGGAUAUCCCGGAGCGCAGGCCUUCCCCUAGAGAUGAAGCUCCUGUCGAGCCCCGCCGUGAGGCCCGUAGAGAACGUGCGGAGUCACCACCGGCUUCUAAGGACCGCGAAACUGAGAGAGAACGCAUUCGUGAGCGUGCUUAUGAGCGCGAACGUGAGAGAGAGCGAGAACUUGAGAAGGAACGUAACCAAGACAGAGAAAGAGAGCGUGAUAGGGACCGUGAUGUAGACUCUCGCGAGCGGGACAAGGAUCGUGAACGCGACCGUGUUAGUGAGCGCACUAGGCGAGACACCGAAGCUGUUAUCAACGGCUCAUCUGCAGCCGAUGACAGAGACAACUCGCCUAGCUCCGACGGAUCCGCCGGCCCAUCUCGAAGACGGCGCAACAACCCUCCAACUUUCGACCCCACAGACCCUGAGGAUCUGUUGGAUGUCAAGGCCGAGCUAGCCGCCAAAGACAACCAAGAGAAGUCCAAGGACAAGCCAGCUUCCAAGGAGCGCAGCCCCGAGAAGGAUGUUUCUGCCUCUGUAGAAUACACACCCGCCGAAUCGCGCGAGGAGUCCCGCGGUCGCGAAGUUACUACCACCAGCGAGAAACAAGUCCGCGUCGUCUCGCCACCGCGUGAGAAGUCCGAGUCUAAGCCUAUCAAGGGUAUCUUGAAGACUCCAAGUGUCAAGUUCCCGGAGGACCAGAACCCGAUUCGGGAAGGCGUAGCUCCGCACAAGGAUGACAAGACUAAGAAGAAUGUACCACCUGGAGCACGCUGGACUAAGGUCAACCGCAAGCUGAUCAGCCCUGCGGCGCUGGAGGGUAAGGAGCGUUUCGAAGUACGCGAUGAGUUUGUGAUUGUGCUCAGGGUCUUGAGCAAGGAGGAGAUUCAGGAGUUUGCUACUCGCACUGCACAGAUCAGAGCUGCCAAGAGAAAAGAACUUGAGGACGAAAACGGAAGUGGUCGUGACCGCGAACGCGACCGCUCCGACGAAGAUAGACGGGGUACCAACGGCAAUUCCAGCAACACCGCUAGUCGUCGCCACCGCCGCGAUUAUGAUGAUGAGUAUGAUUACCGUCGACCCCGCGAUGACGAUCGGGAUGGAGAUCGAGCCCGUGAGCGUCACCGCCGACACAGAGAUGAGGAUGAGGAUGGACGUGACCGACGUGCUAUCGAAUAUGAUACUGGCAGCAACAGCACCAGUGCCCGCCACGACCCGCGCCACCACCGUUCCUACCGCGACCGCGACUACGACUCUGCUGUCGUUCCCUCGGAGGACAGGCGAUAAGCUCAUUCGGCAAAUCUAACUAACAUUUUACUGCCACUAUCCACUGCCAUCACCAUCUACUUAUAUACGAUGUAUAUGACCUGGCGUAUCGUCAUUGAUUUAUCUAUCUAUUCUAUAUAUCCGUG